AGCAAAUUCAACCUACGUCGUUGAACAGGACUAAUGUGUUUCAUCUGUUUCGUCAAUUUCACGUAAAAUCCAAGUAAAGUCUCUCAGAUUUUCCAUUUUUUUCCUGGUAUUUAACUGCUUGUUAGUUGACUGAAACCAGUGCCCAGCCAUUCACAAUGAGCAUCAUUCAGAGGAAGCUUUUUUCCGGAAGUUUUCCGCUCCUCAACAUCGUUCGGCGAUUAGAACUCCUUCCUUCCGCCUCAGUUGCGUUGUCCACCAAAGCUGAGCCUCUUCCAUCUUCCGGUACCGGAGCAGGAACAUCUCAACAAGCUUCACGCACGACAAAUCCUACACCCGGCAGCAGUAGCGGAACGGAACGAAAGAGCAUCGUCCCUCCGGAUUACCGGUUUGUGUAUCGGGAAUUUUUGCCGGAUCCUAAGCUGGAAUGGCGCAACCCGAUCCGGGAGAAGCUGGAACGGUUGGACAUGUUAGACCGCCGGUCAAACAUUGACAUUCCGGAGUUCUAUGUGGGUUCGGUGCUAGCGGUUACCAGCUCGGAUGUGCACGCCGUUGGUAAGACAUCUCGAUUUGUUGGCAUUUGCAUUGUCAAGGAGAAGUGUGGACUGCGGGCGAGAUUCAUCCUGCGGAACGUGGUAGACAACCAGGGAAUGGAAGUGUCCUACGACAUGUACGAUCCGACGCUGUUAAAAGUCGAGGUGCUGCGGUUGGAGAAACGCCUGGAUGACCAUCUGAUCUAUCUGCGGGAUGCACUGGACGAGUACAGCACGUUCGAUUUGAACAUGGAGCCGGAGAUACUGCCGGAGGGUGCACCAGUUCCGGUAAAUGACGUCAAAGUGACGCUGAAACCGCGACCUUGGUAUGCCCGCUGGGAACGGCACGAGUUGCAAGGGGUGGCCAAUAUUGACGAGCACACCAACGAGAAGAAACAGCGCAAGGCGAAACGGGUGGCCACUCCGUGGGAACGGUACGAUUUGAUGAAGGAAUACCGGAAAACAAUUCCGGAGGAAGAGCAGAAGGAAAUCUUUGCAGAGGUGCACUCGCAGCUGCAUCAGCUGGAGAUGACCAGGAAGAAGAUGAAAAGGAAGCGCACGUUUGUCAAACCUACCAAGUUGGCUUAGAAUGGCCGGUCCUAUAGGGGGAAGGUUGAUUCGAGUUUUUGUGUAGUUAUAGCGAAAAUAUAUGUGAAUGAUACGUGA